UCACUCUCACUGCCAGGCCAAGCGAAACAAAAAAAUGGGCAACAGCAAGAGCGGCGCGCUGUCCAAGGAACUGUUGGAGGACCUGAAGCUCAACACGAAGUACAGCGAGGACGAGCUGUGCGCGUGGUACCAGAGCUUCCUGAAGGAAUGCCCCAGCGGUCGCAUCAGCAGGGAGCAGUUCGAGGGAAUAUACGCCAGCUUUUUCCCGGACGCCGACCCCACUGCUUACGCGCACCACGUAUUCCGGAGCUUCGACACCAACAGCGACGGGACGCUGGACUUCAAGGAGUACAUCGUGGCGCUGCAUCUCACGACCUCCGGGAAAACCCUGCAGAAGCUGGAGUGGGCGUUCGCCCUCUACGACGUGGACGGAAACGGCACCAUCAGCAAAAACGAGAUUCAAGAAAUUGUAAAGUCAAUAUUCAACAUGAUAUCCGGUGAAGAUCAAAAGAACCUUCCUGAAGACGAGAACACGCCAGAUAAAAGGGCAGAUAAAAUCUGGAAAUAUUUCGGCAAAAAUGAAAACGACAAAAUAGCAGAAGGGGAGUUUAUACAGGGAGUCAUGGACAACAAAGAGAUCUUGCGGUUGAUACAGUUUGACGAACCACAGAAAAUCAAAGAUAGGUUAAAGGAAAAGAAGCACUAGCUUUUGGAUGCAUGAACACCCCCCCCCCCCCCCCCGAAAAGACUGUUAAAGCUUCACUGUUUACAUACCUGUGCUGUCCAGGCUUCUUAGGCUACCUUGUGUAAUGUUCAGCUCAGAUCUGCACAUUUUGUACGUUGCAUACGUCCUAUGCAAAGGUUCAUACAUCACUGCAUACGUGCAGGGUGAUUCGUUUUGCUUUCCUUUCACAAAAAUAUACACACACACACACACACACACACACACUAUAGCUCGCAUCCUUUCUGGAGAAAAUUUAGGGGGGUCCCUAAAUCACUGCCCAGUACCCCUGCGUCGUGCUGGCUGGAUUACGAGCUGGCCAUUUGCUUAAUAAAACCAAGUGAGAAGCAGAAAGCUGUCCAUAUCGAUUGAGCUUAGGCUAUGGCCAGCAGUCCCUUUCCAGCAAAUCAAUCCUCUUAAAAUCUGAAGGUCAUUUUAAACAGGUGCUCACAGAGGACUUGCGGCAGUGCUGGGAACAUUCCAAGAGGUGUUGGUACACUCUCUAGUACAUGUCUUAAGUACCAUCUUGCUAAGACUGAUACUUUCUUUUAGUACAGACAGUGUUAGCGUGAAAUGUAGUAGAGAAGUAUAUCUUUAGUUCAGUAACGUGAGAUUUAACGCGAUGGAACCUGGGAGUCCGUGGUUGGCGGUGUACAAAAGGAACGGAUAACGGUCACUGCCAUUACUGAAGAUAUGGUCUGAGUUGGUUCCACUUUAAGUAGAAAUGCUUUGUUAAUGUUUUAUGUGGAUUCAAGUGUAACACCGGAUAGCAUCACAUAGAUUAAAUGGCUGGGUAAGGUCUGUUUGUGUGCCAUUUAGGCUGGUCACUGAAUGGAGGGAAAUUAUUGAUGAUGCAAAUUAGGGACACAGAGUUUAUUGUGUGUAGAUACAACAAGCCAACUGUGACAGAUUAUUUCAACAUUUGUGUUACCAAUGUUUUGCUGAAAUAAAGGUUGAUUUAAAAACUA